AGAGAGGGGGGAUCUGCAUGCAUCCCCCAUACCAGUGUGCUCAAAGUACACUGGCAAAGCAGAUGCCAGCUCUGCAAACAACAGCCGAGCAGCUACAAAUGGUAGUUUUAGACGCUUGCUGUUAGGUAGAAUCAUUUAGGAGUUGUCCUGCCUCAGAUUCUUAGGACUCAAAGGGCACUUGCUGCCCUGAGAGGGGGUGUUCAAGCAAACUGACCUCUGGGGUUAAGCAGAAUCAGUUUGUGUGAAGCUCUGUGGAGGAGGGGAGGAGGGAACAGGCAACAGUUAGUGGGAGGUGGGAGGCCAGAGUGGGGCUCCUGCACUGCUCAAGAAGGAAACGAAGCAGUCGCCGGGAAGCGUGGAAAGAGGAGGAGAUGGCCACAGGAGAAAUCACAACACUUCCCUCCACACCUGACGAUGGCGGCAGCGGCGGAUUUCCUCCUGGGAGCUUCAAGGAUCCCAAAAGGCUGUACUGUAAAAACGGGGGCUUCUUUUUGAGGAUAAAGUCUGACGGGGGAGUGGAUGGAAUCCGGGAGAAGAACGACCCCCACAUAAAGCUUCAACUCCAGGCGACCUCAGUGGGGGAGGUUGUCAUCAAAGGAGUUUGUGCUAACCGCUAUCUGGCCAUGAACAGAGACGGACGACUGUUUGGAGCGAGACGAGCAACAGAUGAAUGCCACUUCUUAGAGAGGCUUGAGAGCAACAACUACAACACCUACCGCUCCAGGAAGUACCCAAACAUGUACGUGGCACUGAAGCGGACUGGCCAGUACAAGUCUGGAAGCAAAACUGGACCGGGUCAAAAGGCCAUUCUUUUUCUUCCAAUGUCUGCCAAGUGCUGAUCUGGGAUCUGGUUGAGAAAAAUUAACGUCUUAAUGGCAGCAACAAAGAAGAAGAUGUGACGGCAAUGAAGACAAAGUGUUCCAUCAACGUUGCCCAAAAUAGCUGUGAUGCUUUCUGACUUUUAUAUCCUUAAGAGUUAUUUUUAUCCUGAACAUGUCUACUCUUAUUCAGCUUCACUUUAAAACAGUGGCACACAUUCAAACCUGGCUACUUCGCAGUAAAACCAGGCUUUUACUGUGGACCAACCAACUGCUACCCUAGUGCAAGUGGAGCCAGGUGCCUUGCUCAAGUGUACCCUUAUAGUACAGCAUUAUUUGUUCAUUGUACCUAUACAGAUCUUCCCUCUCUGGCUGAGAGGAUUCAAAGUGGCAACCUUUUGUUCAGAAGUCUGCUUCCUACUGUUUAGCUUCAGAGUGUGUAAGUCUGAGUUUAGCUACAAGAGCAUAUAGAAGAAUAUUCUGUUUACCCUUUUUUAUCUAGGAUACAUGUUUUAAACAAAUUCACUAAAAUCAAAUUAUUGUAAAUUGAAGAGAUGGGAUUGAACUAAAUAACUAAAAAUCACACUAAAAUCAAAACCCAAGCUUCUAGUUUUUUCCAAAUUUUUCACACUACCCAGCAUAGUGGCACACUUAAUAGAACAAACAGGCCUCCUGAGUUUCAGCUUCAUUUUCUGAUAAAACUAUAUUCCCCUAAGUCCAAAUGUUGCAUGGCACUGGAAGUUAUAUAGCUUAUAAAUACAAAAUUAUUGCAGACAGGCAGUUAACUUGAAGAAAAUGAUAAUUUUGACUUUUAUGACCAGUCAGUAGGCUAAUUUAACAAGGCAGCCAAUUUUAAUAUAGCAACUACUAGCCACUAACGUUAGCUUCUGCCAGUACAGUAUAUGGUCUGCUGACACUGGUAGUUAGCCUAUUGAAAAUCUGAAAUCUCAAUACAGGUCACAAAAUGACCUAGUCACAGUCACACCAAAAAUACAGUAGAAUUUAUAACAGUACCUUCAAAAAUUAAAUCAGCUGCUUGCAGCCAUAGCCCAACCGCGGUGGACUUCCAACAUGGCUGCUAAAAAUGUGUUAAAUAAACUGUAUAAAACUCUGAAGUCUCGCACGUACCACAGUGGCAUAAUUCUUUAAAAACCACAAAGUGAAUGUUCUUGAGGUUCACAGCCUAUUGCACCACAUUUCUUUAACAGUAACAGUUAGUGUGUGAAACACACUGCAAACAUAAUUCAAGUCAUAAAUACACUUCAAAUAUGAGAAAAACUGACCAUGUAUCAACACAGCAAGCCAUGAUAUGCUAACCCCAUCAGGUUGAUGAUGGCUUGCUAGGAUUUUAGUGUCGGAGAAAGCUGCCUGUGGUACAGCUGGUAAAACAUCCCAGAGUAGACAGCAGGAAGCUCCUCCAUGGUGAGGUCAAUCUUGCGGAAGCCAUGCUCCAGGCCGUGAAGGAGGAGCCUGGCUACGCGCGAGGUGAUGGGCGUGGUGUCGUUGGUCUUGGCCAGCUCGGCGAGGUCCAGCCAUUCGCAGCGCAGACACUCCUGAGUGCAGAAGUUGAUGUCGUGGGUGAGCGGGAUGAGUCGGCAGAUGAUGUACAUGUCCGACAUGCCAAAGGCGCCAGGGUGGUUGUGCUGCUGCCGGAUGCUGAGCAGAGAUCUAAACUCAGAGCGAACACCAGUUUCCUCAUAGACUUCACGAACGGCAGUGGCACCUGAGAAAGAUUCAUUGUAAUAUAAAUAAAUGUAGGUGGAGUCAUUUAAUAGAUCCUGACAAAAAGGAAUAUUUUUAUGUUCCCUUGUCAGAGUCACCUUGCAGACGGAAGUUUGAGAUGUGGGAAAAAAAGGGAAAAUACAUAUAUUUUUUGAAAAGACAAACAGUUGACGCUGCUUUUUGAGUUGGGUCAUGUAUAGAAUAUUAAAGCUGCUUUUAAAAAUGAAAUAAGGUGAAUUUGGAGAAAAAUAAUUCUUUACGUACACAUCAUGUGCCUUAUUUUGUACAGUUCAAAUGAAUGUAUAUGUAUCAUCUUUAAGUAUAAUAAAUGGAAGGAUUUAGCUAGGUGUACUGUAUUUGUUUUUUUCUCUUUUGAGCGCGACACUCACCGAUAUUUUCUCCUGGAUCAGACAAGCCACCGGGGAACUUCCAAGCAUUUUUUGUCUGAAAUACAAGAGCUAAAGUUAAAAUUGAUUUAAUUAAAACAGCACUGCUCUAAAUGUAUCUUGGAGUCAUUUCAACAUAUGUAUACUUCAAAAAAUGUUUUGAAACAUAAAAUCUGGCAAUGCUGUCCUGUUUAAAGUAACUUUUGUCUUGCAAGUUCUUUAAAUCAGUGGCACUAUCUUACAGUAUGGCAGUAGUUUUUUUUAACAGCAAGUUAGUAGUAUAUUAUGUGUUCAAAUGAUUAUUUUAUGUAUCUGAACUAAUAAUUAUACAGGCAGAGAGAUGUUUAUUACUCUGACCUGAGCAUCCUUUCAUUUUAUGUUGUAUAUUUAGUGCCUCACUCUUUUACAUUUGAUGUAGUGAAGUGUGUCUUCUAAAACUGUUUCACCACUUAUCAUUGAUAUUUAAUAACAGUAUGCUGCUAGUUAAAUUAUGAUGUCAGUGUUGUAUAUAUAUAUUUUUGUAGUUACUUAAAGAAUAUUGUAUGCAGCGCUUUUUUUCAGAAAUGCUAUUUCAUCUUAGAUUUUUCGUGUUAUGCAAAUCCUCUCUGUGAGGAACACAAAUGCACUACAUCAUUUAUUUUCAUGUAUUGUCAACAAAAUGCUAUAUUUUUGGAACUGCUUCUAAUAUGUGCUAGUAGGAAGAAAUAAAGAGAUUUUCUGUAACUCUAA